GUGGUAUUUUUCGCUCCUUCACCCGAUUGCAGAAGUCUCACACAAAACCGCGAGAUCUUGUGUUCCCGUUCCUCUUUCAACUCGCCUCCAAGAUGCCCACCAAGACGCGCAAGACUAGGAAGCUGCGUGGACACGUAAGCCACGGACACGGUCGCGUUGGCAAACACAGAAAGCACCCUGGCGGUCGUGGUAAUGCUGGUGGUAUGCAUCACCACAGAAUCAACUUUGACAAAUACCAUCCAGGAUACUUUGGAAAGGUCGGUAUGAGACAUUACCACCUGAAGAGGAACACAACUUUCUGUCCCACCAUCAACCUGGAGAGGCUGUGGACGCUGGUGAGUGAGCAGACCAGGCUCCACCAUGCUGGGAAGCCUGAUGGCCCUGCUCCCAUCAUCGACGUUGUGCGCUCUGGCUACUACAAAGUUCUGGGCAAAGGCAAACUGCCGAAGCAGCCAGUGAUCGUGAAGGCCAAAUUCUUCAGCCGACGCGCUGAGGAGAAGAUCAAGGCUGUGGGAGGAGCUUGUGUGCUGAUGGCAUAAUGCUUCUGUCAGGUUUUUGCAAAAAUAAAGUGUUUAAAUGGAAA